ACUUUAAAUCAAAGAUUGGAAGAAGGCACAGUGGGAGGGUGAGUCUGACAGAACCUUUUCUGUGUCUGCUCAGGUACAGAUUUAAAGGAAUGUGUGGGUUUGCUCCCUGAAAAAAUGAAGAAAAUGCAUGAGGUAGUAUGGAACCAAAAAAACCCCAAACCAUCCUAUGAGAUUCAUUUGUGACUCACUCAUUCCAGCUACAGAUUUUCACGAGUCACAGGUUGCUGCAGCUGUUUGGAAACAGUGAAGUCCCACAGCUCUUUCCAAAACAACUUGUCCAACCUUUUUAAACAUCUAGCAGAGCAAAGAGGGGUUUUUUUUGGUAGCAGUUGUUUUUGCAAAUCUCUUUUUGUUUUACUAAUUUGUCUUAAAUGACAAAUUGGUAGUAAUUGGGAAGCUGGUGUUAGGCAGAGUCUGCAAGACGGGCAUGAGUGAGCAGAGGGUUUUUUUCUCUUGUUAGUGAGAAGUUGCUGAAUGGGCAGAGUGCUUCUUUUGUCAGGUGGUUCUGGUUGGGGAAAUAAUUUUUCUGUCUUGAUUUUUUUUUUUUUUAAUUUUCAUUAGAAAAGAGUUGAGUCCACACUAUUCUUUGGCAGUUUAUUCCUCCACGUGCUUGUCCUUCCAAUGAGACCUUCUAACCUGAGACAUCUUUCCCAAAGCUUACAGGAUUUUCUUCCUUUCCUGUCCCUGAGGCAUGUGAAAUUGAAUUGAUUGCUGAUCAGCAAUAGUCAUUUAUAUCCAUGAAGGAUUAUCAUCUCCUCCCUUGGGCUUCUCCUUUCAAACUUCUUUGCUCUGUUUUCUCAAUGCAUCACAUCUUGUUUAUUGUGUAUUGUCUCUCCAAAUUAUUAUAUUAAGUUGCUUUAUAGCCCUGUUUGAUUCUGAUCCUCUUCUCUGAGAUGCUUACAACCUCCCCUUUACAAACCUGAUAAAUCCUGUCCUCACUGCCUUAUCCACUUUCAUGAUAAUGUUAAAAGGAACAAGUCCUGUCCUUAGGGGAACUCAGUGGAAUGUAUUCCCAGCUGGACAGUGAGUCAUUAAUGACCACUCCAUUCUCACAGACCAUUUGAACAUUGAUGGGACACACACUGUGUGAUUUGAUCCAGGCUUCAACUCACUUGAGAAAGCAGGCAAUGAUGCAUGACUCCAGGACAUGCUGAUCAAGCUGUAUUCCCUUAGAGGAGCUAAAUCCAGAAGGCCUGUGGAGCAAUCACCACUCCAUGCCAACCCUGUGCAAGGCCAGUCUGUCAACAUCACCUGCGUGUUGAAAAGCUCUCCUGAAGAUGAGAAGUUCUACUUGCUCAGGACUCACGUGCAGCCUGGCACAGUUCUGUCUGUGUCAAAGCUCAACGUGUCAGAGGUUUCUCCUGCCUUUGGGAAUCGCUUGGGGUAUUCCAGGGAAGGAAACAGAGCUGUGGUAACUCUGCACAGGCUACAGGAGCAGGACAGUGAUAUCUACAUCUGUGCCCAGGAUGUGAAGGGUUCCCCUCUGCUCUCAGCCAGUGGCACCAUGGUGCUGGUUAAAGAAGUGGAGCAGGCAUGUGAGAAGAGCUCCUGGGAUUUGUAUGUCCUUGUCACAGUGGUGGCUCUGCUGUUCUGUGCCCUGGUGUGCUGCACCUUGUACCGUGUGGAUGUGAAGAAAUAUUUCCAGAGGAAAAAGCCCAAUGUGGUAAAUGUGGUGUAUGAAGACAUGUCCUACAACUCCAGACGGAGCACGCUGGUCAGAAGUAACACCUAUUCCAGAGGUGGAUGAACUUCUGCCAGCUGGACCAUUCCCUCACAGCCAGCUCUGAGAGCUGCUUUAACCACCUGAACUGAAGUUGCUAUCACCUACCUUCUUCAGUGGGUAGAAAAUCUUCAUUUCCAAGGCUGUUUCUACUUUUUUUAAUGGUUUUUUUUUUUUGGUUUUUUUUUUUUUU